AUUAGUUUAAAAUCAAAGCAAACCAACAUUAUGGUGUGUUGAUUACUUUUGUAUUAAACAUGAUUUCUUGAAACUCCUUUUGAAUUAAGUACAAUGUAAAAUCAGUUAUUCUAGUUAUAAAUUCCUUAAAAAUGUCUAAAGGAAUUUUAUAUAUAAAUGCAUGGACAGAAGGGCAAACCGACAAUUACUGGCUUGAUUUGGAGACUUUCAUCAUCUUGCAUGUCUCCCAAUUUACCGAGAGUCCAAAGUUACAAUUAAAACUGAACAUUUUAAGUGAUAAACCCCAGUGGUCAAAUUUAGUGGUUAGCUUUAGCAACAUAACCUAUGAACUCAUUAAAGAUCCAAGUGAUAUUACCCAAAUAUGCCGUUGGCCCUUACUAGUGAUUAAUAACCAAGUGGUUUCGGGGUUAUGUUCUGUUGCAAGACAAGUGUGUCGGCUCAGCACCAAAGACUCCGUUAGGAAAUUAUUGGGGUUCCGAGAGGCUUGUUUGGUUGCUUGUGCUGAAAGCUCUAUUUGGACCAGGUUCUGUGAAGUCGAUAUCAUUAGAGCUAUAAAUCAAGUUUUAAAAGGUGAGUGUGUGCAAGAUGGGGCAUUUCUUGUGCCCCAUGAGAUUGUAAACUUCGAGAACCAUUUGUCACAACCUGUAAGGAUUCAUAACAUUUACAAAUUGGCUAGAAACAAAAAAAACGAGCAACGUUUAAACAGUAGCACCCCUAGAGAGCAGCUCAUGAUCAACCAUGACUUUGCUGAGGGACCUUAUGUGACUUUAGCAGACCUAAUUCUCUAUCCGUGUUUAAAACUAUUUAAAACUUAUUGUGACAGUGCGUGCAUACCCUUGAAAUUUCCUUUAACUUUGGCAUGGCUUCAAAGGCUCGAUUUUCCAAAUAUAGGUUAUAAUUGCCCUAAUAACACCAUAGUAGUUGGCUCUACUAUUUACCCUGAAAUAAAUAAUGUUAGCCUGUACAAUGCAGACCCCAAACGGACUGAACCAGUGAAUCACACCACACAAAACAAGAUUGAAGCAGCCCUAAAUUUAGUGGACCAAAUCAAACCAUGUAUAACAAACACAGGUUUACUAUAUGGGUUUGACACAGCAUUUGACUGGUCUAUGGUGCCCUUAAAGGCAAGUCCACACUGUGGGACCCUACCAGCAAACAGAGCACAAAGGAAGUGUGAACAGCUGGAAAGUUUAGCAAAAGCCACUUUGGCCGUAGUAAAAAAUAAAUCAUAUAAAAUUGUGGAUUUUUGUAGUGGCAGCGGACACUUGGGGAUCCUAAUUGCCUGCCUUCUACCAAAAUGUCACAUCAUUUUGGUCGAAAACAAGGAAAGAUCUCUGGCAAGAGCAAGAGAAACCAUUGGGAACCUCAAUUUGGUAAAUGUCACCAUAGUCCAGUCGAAUUUGGACUAUUUUAGGGGCAGUUUUGACUUGGGGUUGGCCUUGCAUGCCUGCGGGGUUGCCACAGAUCUAGUGCUUAAAAUGUGUAUUGAAAACAAGGCGGAUUUUGUGUGUUGUCCUUGUUGCUACGGGGGGAUUAAACAGUGCCAUAAAGUGUCUUACCCAAGAAGUGAACAAUAUAAAAGUCUAUUUAUUGUUAAACAUUUGUAUUUUAAUUUGGCGCAUGCGGCUGAUCAGACCCAUGACCUGAAAAAUGUCAAGACUCGGCAGGGGUAUUUUUGUAUGGACGUCAUUGAUACGGAUCGGAGGCUGUACGCCAUGGAGUGCGGGUAUACAGUGCACUUAGGGAAGCUACAGCCAGAAACUUGUACCAAUAAGAAUAAUUUGUUAGUUGGGAUUUGUAAUGAGAGGCCGUAGGUGUAUGUGAAAAAAAAAGUUUUUAAAAUAUUAAAUUAAAGCGUUUUUUUCUGUU